GCGCACUACUGCUUUUUCGAGGCGAGGACCGAGUUUGACAUGAUCACAUUGGACAAGGCUACUUAUUUCAGAAUCCAGCAGGACAUAUUCGACUCGAACCAUUCAUGAAAAGGUACCUGGAUGUUAAGUCUUGCAUGCUACCUCCAGGAAAAAUAACGGUCCGUAUUUGACCUAAUUAUUAUCUCCCCCUUCUGAUAAGGCACGCACAUUCUGGUUUGCUCUGAAGGCGUGGUUUUGUGUUUCUGACGUUAGCCUGAAAUUCUUUCAUUGAUAUUCAGUUGUGUGCCCUGGUGGGGAGAUGUGCGGCGCGUAAAUAGCGCAGUAGACUAAUCAAAACGAAAAUGAUAUGAGACGGAGACAAAGACGCACCAGGUAGGCUAUUUUAUGCCUUAACACUGAGUCGAAUGCCUCUAAAAUUUGGGUUAGGUGUGGAAUUCGUCCGCAAGGUCAAACCUUAGAUGACAGGUCCUGGAAUUCAAACGUGGAGUGAGAUGGGUUGAGCAAUACCAUAGGAUCCCACCUCAGCACUUACUGCAUGCUUGCCCAGCACAUCAGCCAAUCCAACAGUCAAGGAUCCGUUUGAGGCUCAACACCUCCACUUUGGAUAAUUUUCCAUUAGUGAUUUACUUUAAUUUAUUUUUUAUAUAACUUUAUUUAAAAGCCCUUGAAAAAAUGAACACCAUCCCUAACCCCAAAAGGACUGUCACUGUCCAAAUGGUCCCUCAGCUCGCCUCUAUGGAUGCUUCAGGAAACAAAGACCCCAACGCUAACUGGGACCCAGAGCUUAAUCUCAACAGGACCCAUGCCUGCCCCGUUCCAUCUCUGGACCCCAGAGCCGCUCAUCGGGCUACAGAGGUUGUAAAGACCCGCAACGAAGUGACCUCUCCGCGAACCCAAGUCUCAAGUGAGGCAACCAGGGCUGCCGUGUUUGCCAACCCCAUCCUGUCCCCCAACAGGGAGUGUCGGGGUUCCGACGGGUCGAUGAAGGGUGAGCAGCAAACGGGCACUGCCACAAGCGAGCAGUGUAUCAGCGAUUCCAAGUCAGAGGGCUGCAUGGAUAGCAAUGCUAACAUAAGAUUCCCCACUGACUCCCCUCUUUCUUCGUCCCCUGCUCCAUCCUUGUCAGCUCCCUCCACCGCUGCUGAUAGCGGCAGCGUUGGCCUGUCAUCUUCAGUCACAUCGCUUACAUCAUCGAAGGGUGACACGCAGACAAAUGACCACCGAGACAAAGCGCUGGUGGCCAAAGAGAGCCAAGGAGGGCACGCCCGAGAAGUCCGAGAACAGAGCCACAGAUCAUCCACCUCCGGAGAGUCGCUGAGCAAAGCUGGCAAAGAGGCAGCUCAGCCUCAGAAACCAGCUCCGAUAGGUGAACUGGAGAACACUUCAGCCAGCGAGGCCAUACCUACCAGACAUGACAAGACAGACCAUACUGGCUCUAGCAGAAACUCCCCUCUGUCGCAGUCCUUGCUCUCAAAGGACUGCAGUGGUGUUACAGUAAAAUCCACCCCACCACCUACCACCAACGUCACUGGCCCGGCAGCUCCUCCCCAGCCAGACACUAAGGGGAAAGUCCAGGACACCACCCAGCCACCCAACAGCACGCAAACCCAAACAGGACCAGCAAAAGCAGACAAAGCGCAAUUGAACCAGAGCAAAGAGACGCCAGGCUCUACCAGUGCUGUCCCAACACCUGACAAGACCAUAGAUGCAACUCUGAUAACAGAGAGUAGUUCAGUGGUUCCACAGAAGGACUCAACACCACAAACAAGUUCCCAAAAGCUCUGUUUUGCCUCCUCGGCAGGUCCAUUACCUGCAGAUACAACCCCUCCCCAAGACCCCGCAGGUAAAUUGCAGAGUCAUGCUGACAGGAUUGAUGAGGCCAUCCAGACUCAGGGGGUAGCAUCUGAGGAACAAAAGACCACCCAUUGUAAACUAUACCGGGAGGCCUCCACAAUGACCGUCACCCCUGAUGCCAGCCCUGCAGCACCCAAGCAACGACAUGAUGUGGAGGUACAGGCAGUAGCUAACGUCCGCAGCCAGUCUGUGUCCACUAGUCCCAGUCUCUUCCCUCCCACCCACCCAAAGAUACCUGCAAGCUGUCAGACAGAGGAGACUGAGGGCCUGGCCAUGGUGUACCAGGUAGAGAGUACAGGCAAACACACAUUGCUCUCUACUCAAACUCACAUGGCCACCGCCACAGCUCUGGCUCCAAUUUCCUCCACCCAAGCUCCUCAGUCAGGGGUCAUCCACACAGAUGCUGCCCAGCAGCAGGAGGCUAGACUGGGGGCCAAACCCAAGGAACCAGGGCCCACCUUGUGCAAUGUCCAGAAAGGGCUGCCACCCCUUCAGCCCGUUUAUCAGAUCAGCAUAGAGCCAUGCAGCCAGAGCACCCCUCAGGCUGGCUGCCAUCCUCCCAGCCACACUGCAGCUGCGGACCCAGCCGCAGGGGCGCAGAGCAAGGGCCUUGCGGAUCAGAAGGGCCCCUUUGAGGAGAAGGCAGCCAUGGCGCACCGUGCCACGUAUGCGGCAGAGCCAGUGCCAGCACGGUCUGCCAAGCCUCCCACUGAUAAGCCACAAUCAGAAUCACUACCACCAUCAACAAGCGCAGCCAAGCCAGAAGGCAAGGGAUCUGCUGCUGCCAUUGCCGUCUCUGUGGCGGGCUCCACUGCGGAGGAGAAACGGAGGAGCUGCACAGCUGUCACCACCUCUGCGACUAAAACCAUUAUUAGUAGUAUUCUUGCCAAGAAGGGCAAAGCUGAACCAAAACUGGAACCUAAGUCAAAGGACAGGAAGCAGGCCAAGCACCUGUCGAAGAAAAUCCAGGAUGUGUUGUGGGACGAGCAAGGCAUGACGUGGGAGGUGUACGGCGCCUCGCUGGACCCUGAGUCUCUGGGCUUCGCCAUCCAGAGCCACCUGCAGUGCAAGAUCAACGAGCAUGAGAAGAAGAUGAUAGUCCAGACCAGCAUUCGUAAGUCUGUCUCCACUGAGUCCCCCGCAGGCAGUAAGGGCAAGAGGAGGCAGGCCAACGUUUUCAGGUCCAUGUUUCAGAACGUGCGGCGGCCCAACUGCUGCGUGCGCCCUCCUCCGUCUUCCGUGCUGGACUGAGAUGGAAGAGGAGACUAUCUGGUUAACCGUAGACAACCGUGAUACCAUGGACACCUUGACCAAUCACAUCGUUCCUGCCUGUGACUGUCCAAACUGAAAGCAUGAUGAGGUUUUCCCUUCCUUACUUCCUGAGUGAUCAGUUUAGUUCAGGGCCACUCUUAUGAAGGCAGAAACAGAGAAGUGAAGAAUGUAACACAUGAGAGGGACAACCAGUAAUCAGAUAAAUUGAUAUAAAUCCUAUUUUUAGAUAUAGAUAAGAUGUUAUAAAGAUAGCUAUAUAAGCUGUAUCAGUAUUUAGAAUGAAAAUGGCAAUAAUAAGUCAUUCAUAACAAUAAUACUAGUAGAAUGCAUGUGUAUUAGUUCUAAUGGCAGACUUAGUACCUCAUACUGAAAGGGGUCAAUAAUAUGCAUUGCACUGAUCUACAGGCAUAAAUGUGUUGCUGUUUGCAUAUCUUUUUUACAAAACAAUAACACCUUGACCUCUCGUGGAGUUGGUGCAUUUGGUAUAUGUUUGUUUAAUGUACCUGAGGGUGUAUUGAGCCCAUUUAUUUAUAACAGAUUGAAGUUUAUUUAGAUUUUUUUUAAACUUUACACUUCAUUUCUUUGGGAUGAUUUCUUACGUUGUCUUGAUAAGGAAACUUCAGCCUGUCGUGCUUGUUGCUAUAUUUGUUGUAAACUGGGCCUGUGUGCAUUUAGGUGCUGUUUAAUUGUCUCUGCUCUUCUGGUUUUGUAUUAAAAUGUUAAGCUAAACUAAAAAAA